CUAAGUUUCUGAGUUGCCGUUGUUGUGCUAUCCAAAAUGUUUUCCAAACUAUCAUUAUUACUGCCAGUCGCCACCCACGUCCUGGUGAACGCACGCGAAGUCACCUUUCCAUCCAUCUCUGGCUUCACAUUGCAGCAAACGAUACCAGGGUACAAUGAACCUGAUAUCAGCCAGUCAAAAUUUGCUGGAUUGAUGACAUAUGCGAAUCUUCCCUAUGUGCAUUGUUUGGCUGGAGAAGACGAGAAGGUGGAAAAGUAUGAUAUUGCAAUUCUGGGUGCGCCAUUCGAUACUGGUGUGACGGCACGACCGGGAGCUCGGUUCGGGCCGAGCGGUAUCAGACAAGGCUCACGAAGGAUUGCGCCUGGUACCGGUUGGAGCGUGUACACAGGAGAGAACGUGCUGCUUGACUGGGCAAAGAUUGUCGACUGUGGAGAUGCCCCUCUGACAUUUCUCGAUAACACUGUUGCGUUGAAACAGCUUGACAAGGCUCACGAGGUCGUUUCUUCUAAGAGCACUAAUUCAAGCGAAUACAUCACGCCUAGAAUAGUCACGUUAGGUGGUGAUCAUACCACCACCCUCUCAGCACUGCGAUCAACGUAUGAACACUGGGGGCAAGUUAGCGUGAUACACUUUGAUAGUCAUCUAGACACAUGGGAUCCAGAUGUUUUAGGUGGAGGAAUCUCUCAUUAUGCCGGCGUGAACCAUGGUACAUUUCUUCAUAUAGCCCAUGAGGAGGGUUUGAUCCGCAACACGUCCAUUCACGCUGGAAUACGUGCGCCUAUGGUGCGCCCAAAAGGUGAUCUGCGGAACGAUCUCAGAUGUGGCUUCCAGAUCAUCAAAGCCAGAGAUAUUGAUCGCUUCGGCGUAUCCGGCGUCAUCGCGAGACUGAGAGAAAGAGUGAACGGAACCAAGGUCUAUAUCAGCGUUGACAUUGAUGUUUUGGAUCCAGCCUUUGCUCCAGCUACCGGGACCGCAGAAGUUGGAGGAUGGUCUACACGCGAGCUGUUGUCGAUCAUCGACGGGCUGGAGGGACUAGAGGUCGUUGGGGCAGACAUUGUUGAGGUGGCACCUGUAUACGACAAUUCGGGCGAGACUACAGUUCUGGCCGCCGCCGAAGUCGUUCUGUCACUCAUUGGCCUGAUGGUGAAAACACCAGUCCAAGGGGCAGAUCAUCCGUAAGACUGGGCAGAAGUGAUCAUCGCAAGUUACUUCCGAGCCUGGUAAUGAUGAGUUGACACAGAGUCUUCGUUUGGGUGUCGACGGGAGAGGUCGUUGUGUACGAACACCUGUCAGGAAACGCCAUCAUGUACGAAAAUAGUUUGGGUUGUUGUGCCGGUGCAAAGUCUCCAAUGUGCACAAGAUUACCGGUCACCUACGUACAGACGUUGCUGGAGACAGUUUUUUUGUAAAACAAUAGGCAACACACAC